AUGCAUCUCCAGACCGCCCUUGCCGUUCUGGCUUCUGCUGCUCACCUUGCCUCUGCAGCUCCAGCUGCUGAGAGCAUCAAACAGAAUUCUCCUCUGAGGCUCAUCAAGACUUCUGAAGAAGAUCCCGGUCGAUGGGUGACUGAAGAGGAGAAGGCAAAGUUGGUGCUCGGCUCCAAGCGCAUCAACUUCAUCGACAUCACCGACAUCCAGGAUGAGGCUGUUCUUUCCGUUCUCUCGACGCCUCCUUCGGAGUCUUCCCUCGAGGCCCUGAUCGUUGGCGCGCACUACGACUCGACUGCUGGGUCCAGCACUGCCCGUGCCCCUGGAGCCGAUGACAACGGCACCGGUAGCGUCAACACCCUUGAGGCGCUUCGCAUCCUUGCCAACUCCGGCUUCAAGCCCAAGAAUACCCUCGAGUUCCACUGGUACGGUGGUGAGGAGGGUGGUCUUCUCGGAUCGCAAGCAGUCUUCCGCAACUACGCCUCCACCGGCGCCACCGUCUUGGCCAUGCUCAACCAGGACAUGACCGGCUACUCGCCCGGUGGCCGCCCUGUCGUCUUCAGCGACUACGUCGAUGCCUCGUUGAGCUCCUAUGUUACCCUCAUCGCCCGCCAGUAUACUGGCCUGACUACUGGUACCUCUCGCUGCGGCUACGGCUGCUCUGACCACGCCAGCGCUCGUGCUGCCGGUUUCCCCGCUGCUUUCGUCGCUUCGGAGCCUUUCGCCUCCUCCAACCCCAACAUCCACUCUUCGCGCGAUACCUAUGCCAGUAUCCAGUGGGCCUCCGUCCUUCGCCACUCCAAGUUCACCGUCGGUUUCCUCGUUGAGGCCUCAUACCUUUGA